CGCUGUUAAGUGUUUCGCUUUCUGUAAAAUAAAGUAAUGCUAAAUUUUCUCACUUAACUGAGUACCAAUAUCUUGCCGAACUAUUCAUUGCAUGAUAUUACAUCCGUGAGUGAAAUAUUCGCAACCAUACGUAUCACAUGGAUUUCUUUUCUACGAAGAAAUUCAUGAAGGCGUCGAAAUGAGACGGUGUUCAACAAGUCGUGAUGCGUUGGGGGUUCGGCGGUCCUUGUCCAAAAACCGACCAGAAAUCAGUGUUAGAGAAGCAAUUUGUGUGACAAAGCAUAAAAGUGCAAAACUGUAUUUUAAGAUAUACUCAGAGGCUUCCUUGUCAGUGGACUGUAGGACUUCCUUGGAAGAAAGCAGACAUUCUUAGUGACACUGAAAGUACAAGUGAAAAAUAUAAAAAUUGGGGGGGCUGUUUGACCGAUGGACAAACGGAAGAUGAUGCCCAAACGCCCUCGAAUGGAUAGCCUGAGGGGUCCCAUUGCAAAUGGACCCAUUCAGACACGACCAUUAGUGGCUUUGUUAGAUGGUCGAGACUGUUCUAUUGAAAUGCCGAUUCUCAAAGAUGUUGCAACAGUAGCCUUCUGUGAUGCACAGUCGACAUCAGAAAUUCAUGAAAAGGUAUUAAAUGAGGCAGUAGGUGCACUAAUGUGGCACACUAUAAUUCUGACAAAGGAAGAUCUCGAAAAAUUCAAAACAUUACGAAUCAUUGUUAGAAUUGGAUCUGGGGUGGAUAAUAUAGAUGUCAAGGCAGCAGGGGAACUUGGUAUCGCUGUGUGCAAUGUGCCUGGAUAUGGUGUUGAAGAAGUAGCUGACACUACUCUUUGUCUUAUUCUAAAUUUAUAUCGACGUACAUAUUGGUUGGCAAACAUGGUACGCGAAGGAAAGAAAUUCACAGGUCCAGAACAGGUCAGGGAAGCUGCAACAGGAUGUGCAAGGAUACGGGGUGACACACUUGGUAUAGUUGGGUUAGGCAGGAUUGGUUCUGCAGUUGCCCUGCGUGCCAAAGCCUUCGGUUUCACUGUCAUUUUUUAUGAUCCCUACCUACCAGACGGAAUUGAAAAAUCUCUUGGUCUUAACAGGGUCUACACAUUACAGGAUUUGCUAUUCCAGUCAGACUGUGUAUCCUUGCAUUGUACCUUGAACGAGCACAAUCAUCAUCUUAUUAAUGAAUUCACCAUCAAACAGAUGAGACCUGGCGCUUUCUUAGUCAAUACAGCAAGGGGUGGUCUGGUUGAUGAUGACGCUUUGGCCGCAGCGUUGAAACAAGGCAGAAUUCGUGCAGCAGCACUUGAUGUACACGAAAAUGAGCCAUACAAUGUUUUUCAGGGUCAGUCAUCGCAGUGUCCUUUGAAAGACGCACCCAAUCUAUUGUGUACACCACAUGCAGCGUUCUACAGCGAUGCAAGCUGCACCGAACUGCGUGAGAUGGCAGCCAGUGAAAUACGAAGAGCUAUCGUUGGUCGCAUACCCGACUGCUUACGAAACUGUGUGAACAAGGAAUACUUCCUUUCCUCGACCGGCAGCUACCCUGAGGGGAUCAACGGCGGAUACUAUUCCGGGGGGCUGCCCGUUCAACAGGCGCAUUCAACGACUCCUCACGAUUCUGCACCCCCACCUCCUGGUGUGGGGCUGGAGGCCCUACUUCAGCUCCUCCUACUGCUGGAUUAACCGGUAUACCACACAGCAUAGUGAGCGAGCCUGACCCCCGGCCAAGCCCACCUGCACCGAGCCCUCGUUGACCUUGAACCCCCGACGUCCACUCCAGCACCACCCUCCGAUCUAAUUUCCCUUAGCCAUUCACACACGACCUCCGACGACAAAUGGCCGAUUGACUAACGUGUGUCGUGCACGAUGUGCCCCAGAAAUCUGUCCGCUGCUUCCGACGAACUCGAGGGAAUCCAUCCUUGAGAAAGAGUGAAAUGAGAGAACGGGGGGUAGGCGGGAAGAAAGAGCGAGAGAAAGAGCGAGAGAAAGAAAGAACAAAAUGAAGAAGAAGAAAACGCAAUGGAGAGAGUGAAUGAGUAGGAGAGAAAGAUCGAGGUUUGCCUUGCUUUGAAUUGCUACUGUGCGUGCGUUUAAAACGUGUGUUCUCCGGAGUGUACACGUGUUUUACGUACGUAUCGAUGUAGAGUAUGCAUGGCAUGUGUGAAUGGCGCGCGCAUGUAUGAUGAGCUUGAGUCUGCGUUUGGUGGACUCCUGGAAUAGUGCAUUUGAUGUAACAUUGUGACCAAACCAAAUACAGUUGGGCAGUAAUGAUGACAAUUUAUAAGAUGUCGUGGCUAAAGGAGGAAAUAACCAAACGGUGGGUAAGAAUUCUCUGUGUCGUAAUUUUGUAUAAUUCACUUCAUACUUAACCGUACGUGACUUUAGACAACACAAAUGAUGACAUAAAGAAAAAGCAAAUACAAGGAAAAUGAAGUUUCA